CCUGGUGCUGCGUUCAAGGGAUGCAGGGAAAAUAGGAGACACGAUUUUCCCGUUUUAUUUUCCACUAGUGUUACUGCUAAAAUCAGCUUUCUUGUGAUCUUGGACUUUUACGCACAGGACUUUGCGUUUUCUGGCUGCGUAAAAUUUGAACAUUACCCGCACAGAAUAUUCUGCACUUUAGCUAAAUUAAUCCUGAAUCAUUCAUCAAAAUGAACAAGAUAUUUUGCCAUCAGAAGCCACGCAGAGACAAAUUUCUCCUCUGUUUUGCAUGAAGGUUCAGUUGGAAUAAGUCUGUGUGGUUGUAACCUACAUGUCAGUUUAACCUCCUGUGAGAAGCUUCGACCAAACUUUUCUUGAACUUUUUCCCACCCGGUUGAAAGCAGCAUGACGUCGUUUACAGUGUCCAAUCGUGAAACGGCUUUCCUCAUGUCCGGGCCAAUGGGAGGCGACGAGGAGUGCCUGUCAGUCACAGGUGAGGGUGGAUGGUAAAAAAAAGUUGGGUGAAAAGGGCCGGAGACUGGAGUGAGCCCGGGCUGAUGGCAGAGCUAUGCGGAGGAGAAGCAUCGUGCCUGCGGAUGUAGCAGAAACUUUCCACGGCUUCUCCCGCGGGGAUGCGACCAAGAACCAACACUGGAGGGAGAAAAAAGUUAAACGACCGCAGUGCUCCACGGAGGGAGUAGUCUAAAAUGUGGAUGAACUGACAUUUCCUCCACUAACCGGGCCGGUUAAUUACUCAACUAAAAGAACCGAGUAAACUUUACGUUUUGAAAAUGGCCGUUCGUGGCAACUCACUGAUGCCUUUCUCGAUCCAAGCCAUCCUGAACAAAAAAGACGACAGCCGACACUUGCCAGAUUUGGACAUGUGCUUCUCCAAGUCAGCGUGCUGGAAAAUAUUUGGGGAGAUGAACGGCGGGUCUCGGAGAGACGAGGGGGAGACUUGUGAGCCGACGGACCAGAAAAGCUACGACUCAGACUCGGGACUCAGCGAUGACAACGACAGCAAGACUGCGGCCGUGUGCAAGUCGGAGAAAGACGGAGACCCUGCGUCCGAUGUGCCGGAGGAAAGUUUGCAGGAGGAGACAGACCACGAGUCUGCAGCUGCGGAAAACGCAAAGAGUGACAGUGAACCCAAUAAUGCCACGGACUCCAGCACCCUGGACGAGAAGAGCCUGGAUCAGCCCAAACAGCGGAAAAAGCGCUCCAGGGCCGCCUUUUCUCAUGCGCAGGUCUUCGAGCUGGAGCGUCGAUUCAACCACCAGCGGUACCUGUCCGGGCCUGAGCGGGCAGACCUCGCGGCCUCCCUGAAGCUCACAGAGACUCAGGUCAAGAUCUGGUUCCAGAACCGUCGGUACAAGACGAAACGCCGCCAGAUGGCCGCCGACUUAAUGGCGUCGACCCCUGCGGCCAAAAAGGUGGCGGUGAAAGUUUUGGUGCGGGACGACCAGAGACAGUACAGCCCGGGAGAGAUCCUGAGGCCCCCGCUGCUCUCCCUGCAGCCGUCCUACUAUUACCCGUACGCCUACUGUCUCCCUGCAUGGACACUCUCUGCAUGUGCGGGGAAUCAGUGAGAACUCGGUGAUAUUUAUUAAUUUUUUGUUUUUAUUAUUUUCCUCCCAGGAAAUUAAACUAACUAUAUAUUUUUAUCUGACAAGAGGAGGAGACCUGAGGGGACUGUUCAUCUGCUCAGCAUUUCUGAAUUGAACUGCCUCAUCAUCGUGUUGUACAGGCCAGACCAGGGGUUCCCCAACUUUUUCUCCACAUCCUCAGAGACUUAAAAACGACUCCUUCUUUCUUGUUGUAAGAGUCUGUGCGGAGGAGCCCCGUUAAAGAAGAGAUUUCUCAUGAUUUAGGCUAUCUGAACUGUAGAUGAACGGGGAGACUGGACCUCCUUAUAAAAUGUCAGUAUGUUAACCUCUGGGGAGUGACAGUAAUAACUUUAAAGUAUUCCUCUCUUUACUCGGGAGCCCCUCAAGGACCUCUGAUCUCCCCCUGGGCCCCACUUUAGGAUCCGAGGGGGUGGGGGGGCCUAAACAGACUGAAAAUGUCACCUUAUGUUGGUUUAUAUUUUACAUGCGCCUUCCUACCUCUGCAGUGAUUGGAAAUAGGCAUAUUCCAUUGACUUUUCACAUAACUCUGUUACAGGUUGUGUUUUUUUUUCUUGCUGUGUUUGUAAAGGUAAGAUAUUUCAGCACUUUUGAACAUAUACGUUACAUUAUUUCAAUGUAAAAAAAUGCAUCAUGGCGUGGACGUGUGAGGGGCGGUUUCUUGUGUUAUUGGCAGGAAAGUGAACGUGUGGCGGGAAGCAAACAGACCAACUUCUAAUUGAAAUGUACAUUUGUGUUAUUUUUGUGUUAAAUGACUGUUUAGAUCGAAAAAAACAUUAAAACAUAUCAGGCAUUACCAUCA